CCAGACCAUCCCUCUUCUGCUGGCCGCCAGGCAAGUUCACCCCCUUUCCCCUCAUACCCCCAAUCACUGAAGCAGUCAUUGACCUUAUCCCAACAGUGCCGCGGCAACGAAGCCCAAAGCCUGCAACCCCCCGUCCUUCACCACAGUCACCACCACCGUUCCGCCAUCUUCUUCCAGCUCAACCUUCAGUGCCAUGAUAACGAGCUACCCCAAAUCAUGCACCUACCGCCCAACCCAGACUUUUUACUCCUCGAGCGGUUGUGCGCACACCUGUGCUACAGGUUUCUGUGUGAUUGACGCCCCCGCGACCAUCUCGUGCGGCUGCCCCACCGUCUGGAUUGACACGCAGACCGUGACCGUCUGCCCGACCGCGACACCCUGCCGGCAGUGCUACACGGGCUGGGGCACGUUCCUGGUCACCGAGUCCUGCGCCGCGACUGCUACGGCUUCUUAGGGUAGGGAGCGCGAGGCUCACUGAUGGCUGAUCUGGGUUGGGUUUCGGAGUGCUGAUGUUUUCGAUUUAGUAGGGAGGUUGGAGAAGGUGGUAUGGGAACUUUCGUUGGGGCAGGUGGAUGUCGGUCUCAGAGUGAGCUGUUGCUAUCAGCGGUGUUAAGGGUACCUGCGUGUGGGCCUCGAAGCAUAUUCGCAUC